AUGUCGAACGAUCGCGAUCUCUUCAUCGCCUACGGAGUGCUCAUGGCUGGUGCCGUUGCUCCCAUCUACUUUGGCUCGUAUUCGUCUCUCAAGACUCCCAAGACGACACGAGACCUCCUCAAAGCUGCCAAGCAGAAGCGCAGGUAUGGCGACGAUUCGGACGACUCUGACAGCGACUCGGACUCGGACUCGGAGGACGACGAUGUGAUAGAGAAGGUGACCUCGUCGGAUGCCAUGUGGUUUCCGAUCAUGGGUUCGGCUGUCCUUUUCGGCCUCUUCCUCAUCUUCAAGUACCUCAACAAGAAGUACGUCAACUUCCUGCUCAGCUUCUACUUUGGCUUUGUCGGCUGUCUCGCUCUCAGUCAGGCGCUGGUGUCCUUCACUCGCGGUGUAGUCGGUCGCGAGCUGUGGAAGAAGCUGCCCAACUUCCGACUCUCUCUCGACCAACGCGGGCAAGGGCGCAUCUUCAAGCUCUCGUUCACCACGGUCGACGUGGCUCUGGUUGCCGUGUCCGCUCUGCUGGUUGGAGUGUACCUCGUGACCAAGAACUGGAUCAUCAGCAACCUGCUCGCUCUGUCGCUUUCGCUCAACGCCAUCGCGCUCAUGUCGCUCGACUCGUUCCGCACGGGCGCCAUCAUGCUCGGAGGCUUGUUCGUGUACGAUAUCUUUUGGGUGUUUGCUACACCCGUCAUGGUGUCGGUGGCGCGCAACUUCGAUGCGCCCAUCAAGAUUGUUUGGCCCAAAAACAUCAUCGAGGCGGUCGUCGCGCUUCAAGCUCGAGAGGCGCUGCCCAAGCUGCAAUUUACCAUGCUGGGUCUGGGCGACAUUGUGAUCCCUGGCAUCUUUGUCGCGCUGGCACUGCGGUACGAUCAGCUGGUCGCAAGCGAGGCCAAGCCGUCGGUGAGCUUCACCAAGUCGUACACGCGCUGGAGCAAGCCAUACUUUACGGCUACGCUGGUGGCGUACGUGGCAGGCCUGGCUACGACGAUGGGCGUGAUGCACUUCUUCAAGGCUGCUCAACCCGCGCUGCUGUAUCUCAGCCCAGCUUGUACGGGUGCUGUCUUCUUGACUGCUGCUCUUCGCGGCGAGUUCAAGCAGGUGUGGAACUGGACCGACGGCGAGGAAGAGGACAAGGACGAGAAUAAGAAGGAACAGGCUAAGAAGGAGGAUGGCCAGAACGGAAAGGAUGUGAAGACCGCCAGAAGAUCCAACCGUCGAUCGGCGGUCAAGAAUGAGUGA